AUGAGGUUACCGGGGAUUUACCCACUCCCUCUGCAUGAAGCAUACUCAUCAUCCCGUGGCACCAUUGGACCAAUUCCGAAUCGAAAGAGGACCAGGCAACUAUUCCAAGGUCGUACAUCUAAUCCCACCACCAAAAAUCGCCUAAAACUCGAUCACGGUACUCUGUGGCGACAUAGAACGGAGCACUCAUAUAGGGAUUUGUCCAAGCAACUAGCAGAAUACCCAAUGGUGUCUGCAGCUGAUUUACGGUCGAGAGUAGAGCGCCCCCGGCGUGUGAAAAUGUUGACAAGAGAUUUCAUCGAAGAUAGUCUUUAUAAUCCGAAUUACGGCUAUUUCUCGAAACAGGCUAUCAUUUUCAGUCUGAGAGAACCCUUCAACUUCAACAAUAUCGAGGAUAGCUCAACAUUUAACCGAAUGCUUGAUGACAGAUACGCUCAAUUUGAGGACAGGCUAGAUAGCAUAAUGCCUGACGAAUCCCGCCAGCUUUGGCAUACACCAACGGAACUUUUUCGUCCAUAUUAUGGCGAAGCCAUUGCCCGUUAUCUGGUCGCUAAUUAUAGACUCACGAUGUUUCCCUACCAUGAUUUGAUAAUAUACGAAAUAGGUGCUGGUAACGGCACUCUAAUGCUUAAUAUUCUGGAUUAUAUCAGGGAGAUCGAUGUCGAAGUUUAUCAACGAACCAAGUUUAAGAUAAUUGAAAUAUCGUCGAAUCUCGUCAAAACACAGAACUCAACUCUCGGUGGGUCUAUUCACCGACAUAGCCAUGUGGACCAUGUUGAAGUCAUAAAUCGCUCUAUUUUUGAUUGGAAUACAUACAUACAUUCUCCUUGCUUCUUCCUAGCCCUUGAGGUUUUCGAUAAUUUCGGACAUGAUAAAAUCCGCUAUGAUAUGGAGACAGGACACCCCCGCCAGGGCUGUGUUUUAGUAGACGACGAUGGUGAAUUCCAUGAAUAUUAUGUCUCUACUUUAGACCCCUCCGCUGCUCGAUAUCUUCGCGUUAGAGAAGCGGCUUCCCGUCGCCCUUUUCUCACCCCAUUGGGCGUUCGUUUAUGGCGCAGAGCCUGCGCUUCCAUCCCAUUUGCCCCGAAUAUGACUUCACCGGAAUACAUACCGACCAAGCUAAUGGAAUUUUUCGAUAUCUUGCACAACUACUUCCCUGGCCAUCGCCUUAUCGCUAGUGAUUUCGAUAGCCUCCCAGAUGCGGUACCUGGGCAUAACGCUCCUGUCGUACAGACACGAUAUCAAAGAAAGACAAUCCAAGUCUCCACUCCUUUUGUUCACCAAGGCUACUUUGAUAUUUUCUUCCCAACAGACUUUAACGUGAUGGAGGACGUAUACCGUGUGAUCACAGGAAAAUUGACUCGUUUAUCCACUCAUGCUGACUUUAUGAAAAGAUGGGCAUUUGUCGAAGACACGCAGACACGCAGCGGCGAGAAUUUGCUUAUUUCGUGGUAUAGGAACACGAGUGUUAUGGUUACUGUAUAA